AUGGCCGUCAAGGCACCGUCUCUGCCGCCGCCACUGACCGACAAAACCUACCACACCUUGCUCACUCCGGAGCAGGUAACCCACAUUCGCGCAACUGCCCCUGCCAUCUGGUAUCAACGCAUCACCCAGCGCAUCCAGGAAGCAGAAGCCUGGUCAAAGGUAAUUUUUCGUGGCAUGCGCCUUGCCCUGAACAAGGUGCUACUUACUUUCUCUCAUGACUCUCUGGACACCCUUAUUCAAGAUGCUCUGCGGGCCAUCCGCAUCAUAUUCAAUCUUGAGCCCCAUGCUGCCUCCCCUACCCCAACGGGCGCAUGCACUGUCGCGCUGCCCCAGGGUUUUCAUCCUGUCCUGCCUACCAUUAAACUGUUCAUUCUGGCAUGCCCGAGGCGCCACCUCAUGAGCGGGUCUCUGCUCACUGGAGAAGAAAUCAUGACUGAGCUUCAUACCAACCCCAUUUUCACGGACAUCUAUUUCAAUGGCAUACCUGCCUUCACCACCUUUGCGGGGUCAGAGGAUACGCAGGAGCAUGUGCCCCUUAUUUUCUCCAUCGAAAACCCCAAGCGGGACUUCUGUUCGCAUUUCUUGAUCAGCCGCGACAACCGUGAGCUUUUCACCGAGCCUCACCUCCCCACGCAUAUCAUCGGAGGAAAUCCCUCCACAGGCGCUAUCAUCGAUCUGGUAUGGGCCUCGAGCGGCCCCCGGUUCGCUCUUUCACAGUAUGCUGUCGAGGAUUCCCCUUGGACCUCAGACCAUUCCCUCAUUACCUAUACAAUCUGCACUGAGGCCGCUCCCAUGGAAGUUGACCUUGGUUUCUGCGUGGACCCCUCCCUACAGAGUGAGUGGCUUGAUGCCCUCACCAUAGCUCUUUUAACCAACCCUCCCCCCCCUAGCUACUUCUCCACCUCUGACCUCGAUCAGGGUGCUGCGGCGCUUUUGUGUGCCAUCAAUGCAGCCAAUAUCACCACCUUCCCACCAUGCACCCACACCCACCAGCCAUCACAACUGUGGUGGAAUGACGGCUGCGACUUCAUCAGAUGGCGAGUCCAGGACGCCAUCAGCACCGUGGAGCAUCGACGUGCAAAGCGAGACCUUCAACAAGUCAUCCACACAGCACGUAAGGAGUGGGCCAUUGUGGCAGCCUCCCAGCUGCAACACACUAACCCCUGA